UCGGCGUGUUGGAGAAAGAGGCGCCUCGGGUUUCCGGCGACUGACUGACUGUAAACUCACUGAAAUGAUGAAAACGGGAUAGUCGAGACGCUCAGAAGAGGCUGUGGAUGCUUUUCAGAGACGCCGCCUUCAUUCCGCGUGUUUUAUUCCCACGACAAGAAGCGUGAAACUUUGGGAAUCUUUGGGAAAACAUUGGGCUCGAGCCGCAGGAGGAGAGCAGGAUGGGCAAGUCCUUCGUCAUGAGGCUCACGGUGCUUCUCAUCAUGCUGCUGUUGAUUGUGGUGAGCAGGGAAGCGUCCGGAGAACCCUUGCAGAAUCGGACAGCCCGGCAGCAAGCGUGCCUGGAGAACCAUGAGUACCCACACAUGGGCUUCUGCUGCAAGAACUGCGAGGCUGGCACCUACGUGAAGGAGAAGUGCAGCGCAGAUCAGCAGAAAGGCGUAUGCGCUUUGUGUGAGCCGGGAACCUACGCUGAACAUCCAACCGGCAUGGAGCAGUGCCUUCAGUGCAGCCAGUGCCACAUGGACCAGAUAAGGACGCAGCCAUGUACGAGCAACAGGAACACUCAGUGCGAGUGCAAGGCUGGUUUCUUCUGCCUGCCAGACGAGCCCUGCGAAGUGUGCAAGAAAUGCACCAGGUGUAAGCCGGACGAAAUCGAGGAGCAUAAGUGCACACCCACCUCCAACACCAAGUGCAGGAAACGCCCUCCUUCACCCCAUGACCCCACCAUCAGACCCACACUGCCACCCGAACCUUCAAAGAGUUAUGCGGUUACAAUAGUGCUUGUAUUAGUCUUCAUCUUCAUUAUUGGUGCUGUGGUGGGGGCUGGUGUCUGGAUUUGGAAGAAGAAGUUUUCAUGUAGAAGACAAGCGAGCCCAGUUGCUCCGAAUGAUGAGGUCAAGAUCCCGAUAGACGGAGUGUGCGUCCCCUCUGCGGAGGAGAAGGAGAACUGCCGCAACGCGGAUUUGGAGGAGGCGGAGGAGCCCCGUCCAGAGUCCCGCCCCCUGCUGCAGGAAACUCAGGGACUGAGCACUAAAAGCAUGCCAGUGGAGGAUGAGGACAGGGGACUGGGUGACAGCCUACCCAACACCACUAGCUCUUCCCAGACCAGCCUGUCUGCACUGCCCAUCACAGCGCCCUCUAUGGGCGAAUCCCCACGCCAUAGCCCCCGCACACAGAGGCCGACAUUGAACGGGGAAAAAGAGCCAGAGACAUGGGCAAGGGACGACUGCCCUCCCAGGAAGCUCGUCCCGUUACAUGACAACGCGACGUCUCUGAGCAAGAGCUUCGACUUGUUCGACUCGCUGGACAUGCGCAUGCACAACAAAUUCUUCCGCAGCAUCGGCCUGAAUGACAACACCAUCAAGCAGGCCGAGUCGCAGAACGCCGGAGACAAGGUCUACGAGCUGCUGCGCAACUGGAUGCAGCGGGAGGGCCUCCGGGCCAACAUCAAUGACCUGCUGCAAGCCCUGCUAGAGCUGGACCAGCGUUACACUGCCGAGCAGAUCGCCUCCAAGGCUGUGGAUCGGGGUUACUACAAGUACGAGUGAAGAUGUUCAGUCCAAACGGCAUUCUUACGAACUCGUAAAAAGGGUAAAACCGCGACGAGAAGAAGAAAGUGGUAUUAAGAGACUGGAUUUGAAAAAGGGGAGUGGAACCAGACUCAUUUUUAGCUUGGCUCCCUCCCUCCCCGGCCUGUUGGUCCGACGUGGACUGACGUUUCUAGCCAGACAGGCUUUAGCAACCACAAGUGGCUUUAAAAGCCAACACUGGACUUGGCAAAGACCAGCUCCGGAUAACGGAACGGCUUAUAUGUAGCUCCCCCCUAAACCGGGCUGGCUUUGUCUCAAGCAAUGCACUGGCCACAGGCUUUUUAAACUACAGGUUGGUCCGAAGCCUACGUAGAGACUUCAGUAUGCCUUUGGUUAUGCCAGACGUAGCUGUGUCAAUGUGGGCCAGCGGCCUAAGCCUUAUUACUUCGUUUUGACUACAUAUUGGAAGUUUUGUGCACAUUAUAGGUUGAAACUACAGGUAGUUGAAGCCCCAGAUUACACUACAUGCAAAACUGAGUCAGGUUUUCUCUUGGUAGUUGAUUGUUGACUUACAAGAAUAAAGAAAAAGUAAAAAAUUUGCGAGAGCUGGCACAAGUCGCAGGACUAUCUGCCAUAAGCUUAAACAGCAAAGAAAGCGACUAGUCGAAACAGUGAUGCACUCAGUUUCACUGUUAGAAUAACUAACAUACUGUAUUUGCUAAGGAGAUGUCGAGAGCUCUAGGGCAGGUGCUGCUGCUCCUCGUAGUUCAGCAGCGUCACGACAAACACUUUCUCGGCUGAAGCGAGCCUUUCCGGACAGCAGACGGUUCUGCCGUUUCAUAAAAAGGUUUCAUUUCCUCAUCGAGUGAAUUUUGUGUCUGCUUGGCUGAGCGACUGCGGCGGCGAUGUUGCAUUUACACCCCUCAGUCUUCUCCCAGCCGUGGGCUUCUUCCAUUUCCUUAUUUAUAUAAAGACGUGACAUAUUUAUUGCCAUAAAUUACGUGAUUUGCGUAUAAUUAUUUAUACUUCUUAACAAUACUUUUUGUCAAGUCUGCGACGUGACCGAGAGGCGUGUGGGGCUUUUCGAGACAUUGAAGCCUCAUUCAACUUAAAGCGCUUUUUCUCUGGAGGCUCCACAUUUCUUAGCAGACACCUCGGGGGUGCCCGUCGCUCACGAUGGACGAGCUCCGUUCGUUUUCGCUCAUCAUGAGCUCAGAAUGCAUCCCGUUUAUUAAACAAGCACAUGCCAGCAUUACUAGGCUCAUCGUCUUAGGAUGAGAAAUGUCCAGCUUCCCCGCCACCUCCUGCUCUAAGACAGAUCUCGGGAGGCCUCGCUAUCUCCUGCUAACCGCCACGAGAUGGAUGCGCUGCCGUGCACUGGUACGUUCGUGUUCGUGUUUUUCUUCUGGGUUCUCGUGGAAAGAUGAAGGAGAGCUUCGUUCAUCCAAGUUUGUUCUCGGCCUCAGUUGUACAUAGUCGGAUAGUGAAGCCCUGUUAGAACAAAGAUAGAUUUAUUGUAUAUUUAUAGAAACACCUAUUGAACAAAAUGAAGUAUAGUCAGCUGAACAAACUGAAGGAACAAACUGAUUGACAGAAUAAUUUAUAGAGUUAUAUUUUCAUAGGUUAGGCUCCUGUUGGCUCAUCUGGAUAGCAAUACAAUAUCAGUCAAAAGUUGAUCAUGGAAGGGUUUUUUUUUCUUUGUUUAGUAUUAGUUUGACAAAAUUUAACAUAUUUAGAAUUACAGAAUUGGCCUUUUUAGCGAAUACAGCUAUUUAGGCUCCAGCUAUCAACACCUGACUGGCUUGAAGACAUGCUUUCCACCAAGCGUGUUUAUUUUAAAUGAAAUCCGACCGUUAGCUCAGAACAUCGUGAGGAUUGUGGUUGUCCAAACUUUUGACUGAUGCUGUAAAUGAUGCUUUUUGACUCAGCUAUAAGACUUUAGUGUUGUCGUUGUUAUAGCUGUUAUGAAUUGAUCCUCGUUUUUUCAGUUGCGAGGCAGAUUGUGUCUCAGUUACAGGGUUUUUUUUUUUUUUUAACACAUGGUUUUGGAACAUGCCUAAAGAAACCAGACCAGCGUGAAAACGAAAGGGCUCUCGGCGCGACUCAAAUACAGUGCAGGCACUGCCACCUAGUGACCAAGAGUGAAACGAUAGGAGAAAAGAUACCUGCAUCAAUUUCAAGGGACCUGUUUCUUUUGCUUUUUAUUCAGUCCUCUCCUUUCUACUAAAUCUCUUGCACGUUGUGCGUGGUUUUCUCCACACCAGAGCACCUGUGCUCUAUAGAGAAGCUCACCGUGAAGUCUUUUCUCGUAUUAAUUACGUCCCGCACUUCUGCCUUCUCGUUUGUUUUUCUCUCUGCACUAGCUCGUCCGCCUUUAGCUCUGUCGAGAAAUUAAUGUUUCCCCCCCUUAGAUUGUUUGCUUGAUAAUGGAUUUAUGUUUGCUGUUGCAAAUGUAUUUGUAGAUUUGUUUUUUAAAUAAAAGAUUCAUACUA